GUUGUAAAGUGCUAUGACAACCGGGGCGAAGAUGGCAGUGGGUCCUGGACGAGGGGUUCCGCUGCCGACCCCACAUUGGCGCCUCCUGAGCCGGCCCGCCUCUGCUCUGUGAGCCGGCCCCCGCUGCGCUCCUGGCCACUGCCCGUCGCCUCGUCGCUCCGCCGCUCGGCGCCGCCGCAACUGGCUUUUUGGCGGCCCGUGGCCGCUGCAGCCCCGGGUGAAAGAAAAUGUCCUUGUUUAAAGCUCGAGACUGGUGGUCUACUGUCCUGGGAGAGAAAGAAGAAUUUGACCAGGGGUGUCUGUGUGUGGCCGACGUGGACAACAGUUGCAAUGGAGAGGAUAAAAUAGUUGUGGGCAGUUACACAGGUUACCUGAGAAUCUUCUCUCCCCACCCUGUCAAAGCAGGAGAUGGAGCACAGGCCGAAGAUUUACUCCUCGAGGUUCAUUUACGAGAUCCCAUCCUCCAAGUGGAAGUGGGGAAAUUCGUUUCGGGCACGGAGCUGCUGCACUUGGCUGUGCUUCACCCAAGAAAACUUUGUGUCUACUCUGUCUCAGGAACUCUAGGUAAUGUGGAACACGGGAACCAGCACCAGAUCAAGCUUAUGUACGAACACAAUCUGCAGCGGGUCGCCUGCAACAUGACGUAUGGAUCCUUUGGCGGCGUCAAAGGUCGAGAUUUGAUUUGUAUCCAGUCCAUGGAUGGGAUGCUCAUGCUGUUUGAGCAGGAGAGCUAUGCUUUUGGGCGGUUUCUCCCUGGUUUCCUUCUGCCUGGCCCUCUCACUUACAGCUCCCGUACAGAUUCCUUCAUUACCGUCUCUUCCUGCCGCCAGGUUGAGAGUUACAAGUACCAAGUACUUGCCUUUGCAACCGAUGCAGAUAAAAGACAAGACACGGAACAGCAAAAGCUUGGCUCUGGAAAAAGGCUGGUGGUGGAUUGGACUUUAAACAUCGGUGAGCAAGCGCUGGACAUCUGCAUUGUCUCCUUUAAUCAGUUGGCCUCCUCUGUGUUUGUGCUCGGGGAGAGAAACUUCUUUUGCCUUAAGGACAAUGGACAGAUUCGAUUCAUGAAGAAACUGGACUGCAACCCCAGCUGUUUCCUCCCAUAUUCCUCAGUGUCAGAAGGAGCGGUCAACACCCUGAUUGGGAACCACAAUAACAUGCUGCACAUUUACCAAGACGUGACCCUGAAGUGGGCCACGCAGCUUCCUCGCGUCCCUGUUGCGGUGAAGGUGGGCUGUCUGCAAGGCCUGAAGGGCGUGAUUGUCUCUCUGAGUGAUAAUGGCCAUCUGCAGUGCUCCUACUUGGGCACAGACCCGUCUCUGUUCCAAGCCCCCAAAGUGGACUCCAGAGAAAUAAACUACGAAGAGCUCGAUGUCGAAAUGAAAGAGCUACAGAAAAUCAUCAGAGAUGUCAACACAUCCUCAGGUCCUCUACCGCUACCUGAGAAAGAAGAUUUUCUGUCGAUUUUUGCUACUGUGUCUUCCACCCUGGACAGUGUGUCUCAAGCCACCAUCAGUGAAGCGGGAACCGAAGCCGUCCCCUCUGUCACAGUGAAGGUCAUGAUACAGAGCCGGCUAGCAUUGCAGAAAACCAAGUUAUCUAUUUAUGUUGAGUCACCAUUGGCCACCACCUGUGAUCACUUCAUCUUUGAGUCCUUAGAGCCAGAGAGUCUGAAAACCAUCAGCUUGUCUGUGUUUCUGAAAGGAAAUUACCUGCCUUCAGAACUGGAAGGCAGCGCCAUGGCCUCAUACAGCAUGCCCACAGGUAUCCCUCGAGUUGUCCAGUGUAAAUUCAGACUGCCCUUGAAAUUAAUAUGCUUGCCCUAUCAGCCUUCCAAAACAGCGGGUCACAAACUCACGAUUGAUACAAAUAAACCUCCUAUCAGCCUUCUCAGCCUCUUCCCAGGCUUUGCUAAUCAGUGUGAUGAUGAUCAGGUGAACGUCCUCGGUUUUCGCUUCAUAACCGGCUCCCGAGUUACCCUCCUUGCAUCUAAGACCUCCCAACGCUAUCGGAUCCAGAGCGAGCAGUUUGAGGACCUUUGGCUCAUUACCAAGGAGCUCACUCUUCGUCUUCAGGAGCAUUUUGAAAAGCAGGGAGUCAAGGAUUUCACUUGUUCUUUCUCGGGGUGUAUUCCUCUACAAGAAUACUUUGACCUCAUUGACCAGCAUUUUGAGCUCCGAUUGAAUGGAGAGAAAGUGGAAGAGCUGUUAUGUGAAAGAGCCGUCCAGUUCCGAGCUAUUGAACGACGCCUACUGACCAGGUUCAAAGACAAGACACCUGCCCCUCUCCAGCAUCUGGACACCUUGUUAGAUGGCACGUACAAACAGGUAAUCGCCUUGGCAGAUGCCGCGGAGGAGAACCAUAGUAACCUGCUGCAGUCUUUCACCCGGCUGAAGAGUGCCACCCACCUGGUGAUCAUGCUGAUUGGUCUGUGGCAGAAGCUCAGCGCUGACCAGACUGCCAUUUUGGAGGCUGCAUUUUUGCCACUGCAGCAGGACUCUCAGGAGUUGGGCUGGGAGGAAACGGUGGAUGCUGCUGUGGCUCACCUGUUGAAGACCUGUCUCUCCAAGAGCUCUAAGGAGCAGGCCCUGAACCUCACCAGCCAGCUGAACAUCCCCAAGGACACCAGUCGUCUGAAGAAGCACAUCACCCUUCUCUGUGACCGCCUCGCCAAAGGGGGCCGCCUCUGUUUAAGCACCGACACCGCGGCUCAGCAGACCAUUGUCAUGCCAGGUGGUUGUGCUACCAUCCCAGAGCUAGACCCAGAGGAGAGAACGGGUGAGCAGGACUCCAGUGGCAUGUUCCCCAAUCACGGGCACCUGGCCGUCCAGACCCUCAAGCCAGAAUCUUCUCCCCCUGCCGCAUUUCUGGAGUAAUCAGAAUGGAACCAUCCAGUUGGGCAGGAGCUAAACUUCCUCAAAUUGUCCAGACAGGGACAGGGACCUUGUACUAUGUGCAGAAGGAGCUUAGGGGCUGUCUCAGGCUUGGAGCCUGCUCACCUCUGUGAGGGCGGCUUUGGGUGGAAGCAGGAAGGAAAACAUCUACCCUAGGGAAGGUCUUGUUAUUGCAUGUUGAUCCAUUGGAGCUCAGACUUCACUUCUCUUUGGAGGAAGCAGUGUUCUCAUCCCGUUUUGCCAGCUUUGUGGGGACAGAACCUGAUGGCCGCAUUAGAGACGGUUGGUUCACGCUGAAUUCUACAACCUGAAGGUUCCAGUUGUUGGGAGCAAUCCCAUCCAGAAAAGGUGCCCCUUCAGUAAAGCUACAGUAGCCUGGAUUUGAUUUCCCAUCCAAGGCUUCUGUUAGCUGAUGCUUGUCCAACUUCCUCUGUCAAAGGGAAAGAACUCUGGGAUCCUUCUGAUCCAUCAUAAGAUGUUAAAAUAAUUCUUUAAAAACACGCAAACACAGUCUCAGAAUGUCUUCAUGGUUAAGUGCAUGUAUCUCUCCUUGAAAGAGGUAAAUUUUGUGCUGUGCUAAAAAAUGGACUUUAAUGUUUUCAGGUAUGAAAAGUCGGUCUGCCGCCAUUCCUUUUCCAGGGCCCCCGUUUAUAAUAGGGACACACACUUUAUAAUUAAACUUUAAUGGAUUCGGGAACCAGAGAAGUUUCCUGCCAAGUCUUUGGGGUUGAAGCGACAUGUUCAAAGCCAUUUGACUCCUAAGUAGACAUGUUUACACUCGUCUCGAACCCCCAGAAACCCCACACUGUGGGGAGAGGAGUAUAUAAAAAGGUCUACUAAGAAGUUCAUUGUUGAUCUCUUUUUUAAGGAAUUGAAAACCAGCCCCAGCUAUUUUAACUAUUUCUUAUUACUAGUGUGCUUCUUUGAAAGAAGCAAAAGUUAUUUAAAAAAAUAAGCAUUUACAAUUACAUAGUACCUAGGCCCGAAGAGGGACAGCUCCAGCCAUCAGCUUUAAUCGCAUCCAGCCCAUGGCGCAUGUACCAAAAGGCCAUGGCCCCUUUGACCUACUGUCGCAAAAACGCAGCCUAGCUUGGGAAGCUUAUCAUGACAACACCCUGCAAAGCCACGGGGGGGACGGACUGUCACAAAGCCUGUCCUCGGUCUCUAUCUUUUUCUCAGGUGUAUCUCUCUCUAUGCAAACCUCUCCACCUGCCCUCCCCCUGUUGCUCUUUCUUGUGGCUCUCUCCAGAUUUACUCUCUCUCUCUCUCUCUCUCUCUCUCUCUCUCUCUCUCUCUCUCUCUCUCUCUCUCUCUCUCUCUCUCGUGUGUGUGUGUGUGUGUGUGUGUGUGUGUGUGUGUGUAUGUGUGUCUCUGUGUUCGACAUGAUGCAUCUCCUCCUGCACGUUUCUAUCAUGCAUCCCUUCCCUUCUUCUCUCUUUCCCCUACCCCGCUUCUACUCUGUGCCCUCACAUUCACCUGCCUGCAGGUCCCAGAAGCCCCCACUUCUGUCCACUCCUCCUCCUCCUGCCAGAUUCAUUUUCUUUAUAGGUCUCUCUCUAUUCGUGUUUUCCUUCUACUCCAAACAUGUUAAUGGAUUGCUAAGCUACCCAAUAGAAUUCAAACUCCUUAGCAUGGCAUUCAAGGACUUCUACCGUGUAGUACCACCCUGUCUUUCCAGCCUUGGUGUCCAAACUCACAUGUAUGUUUCCUCAAACUGAAAGUGUGUAUGAUGAUCCUGCCCCCCACUCAUCCUUGGGGCAAAGCAAAUGGCAGCAUCAAAACAUCAAGCGCUUUCCUCCGAGUUGUUUGCUUGGUUUCUUCCCUACCCCCAUCUCCUUCUCCCAAGUCUGUCUUUGCUUCACUGCUUGGUCCACCCAGCCUGGAGCUUUGGAUUUGGCCUGGCUGACUACUGAAUGCUUGACUGUGAACCAGGCCUGCACUCAUUUCAGCAGUGCAUGUCGACCUCGCUCCUUGAGCAGCCAGUCAGACCAACAGUCACAAACAUUUCCUGAGUGCCCACUACGGGCAUGCAAAAACAUACACCAAAAUAAUGUCUGCCCCCAGGGAGCUCUUUUGUCGGACAAGUCUGUGGUCUCAUGACGUUCAGAUGAGAGCCCGCCCGAGUCGGGGAGCUGUCAAUAUCCACUCUGGUCCGGGGCCCCAUCAGCAUCCAGACGAAUAUCGUGGUCAUUGCGUACCACAUCUCGCUUUGGGUCCAGCCAAACAGAGCCACUUGUCACCCCCAUGUUUUCCCAUCUCCAAACCUUGGCUUAUGCUACUCUCUAGACCUGGGCUGUCCUCUGCCCUUCAUCUGCCCAUUCCCCUUGGUCAUGAUCCCCUCACCCAUUUCUUGCACAGAACUUUUGCACCUCUCAUGUCUUCAUCAGGCAUUCUUUCUACUAUAGUCUUUUGUGUGUAUGACAUACCUCUUACUAGACAGUAAGCUCCAGGAGGGCAAGGACCAAGGCAUAGAGUCUUUGCAUCUCCCUUCAGUGGAGAAAGCAGAGUAGAUUCUUCAUAAAUACUUGUUGAAAGAAUGAAUGAAUGACUGUCCCCUGCACAUGGGCUGUGUGACUGUCUAGUCCUAAACUUUCCUUCCCUUUCGUCUCUUUUCCCAGGCUAUGAUAUAGAACUGAAAUAUAUGGGCUUAUUACUUGUUAAAUUUAUUUUUAAGUUCAUUGUUCUUAAUUUUGAAAGUGCAUGAAUGAAACCUUUUGUACUUAUUUUUAUCUCAAAAUAAAUAUAAUAUGCAUC